AUGUGGGCGGGAGGAAGCAAAGAGGCGUUGGCAGUGAUCCGCAGCACGUGCCCGGUCCCGGCGCCGACGCCCCCGGUUGCUGUCCCACGUUCUUCUCUGCUUCCGCACCUCCAAACUCAGCUGCUCAUCGUCAAUAGCGCCUCAAUAAACGCAAAUCUUGGCUCUUCUGUCCCUGUCGCCUUUGAUAGUGAAGGACAGCGUUUGAAUUCAACCUGUACCGAUUUCAAGGAGUGCUGCGGCGACCCUGGCCCGGCCCCGGCGGACAGGCCACCCAGCCCCGGUGAAGUCUGUCUACUCUCCUCAUCAUUUUUAUCCACAGCCAAUUCACUUUCCCUUGCCGCCCACAUCUCUUCCUCUCCUCUGCUGCCUGUCUCGCCGCGGCCUCCCGCCUCCUGCGCUUCUUUAUCUCUUCAAUUUCCUGCUUCUCACGCUGCUGCCGCUCCAUCCAUCCGCCCACGCCCGCCAGUGCCGACUGCGGGUCAUUCUUCCAGCCCAGCAAAUACCCCUGCAGCUGCGCACCUUACUUCGACACUGAUACUGGUCAUGGCGAUGCAAACCAAGUCGCUCGGGCGGUCUUCUGCGCUCAUUGGCGGUGGCCCAAGCCCGACCGGAUCCAGACGAAGCUCUCUCCCGAUUGGGCUGAAGAUACCGGUGCGGAUCACUCAAGUGCAGGAGGGGCUGAAGCGCGAUUUGGGGAUGGUCCGGGAGUUUGCGAAUGUUGUCGAAGAAUUACAAGUCUUGCAGAUGACAUAUACCACGCUUAUCGAUAGCCUCACGGACAGUCUUACGACCGUGUCAGACGAACCAGAAGCUGACAACCGAUCUCAUCGGUAUAGUCGGCUCUCCAGCUUCCCCCUUCUACCCCGGCGAUGA